AUGCUACGAUCGAAGUUUCAGUGUACCAGCAAGUUUAACGAGCUACAACGAAACAUAGUCGUUGAAUCCGUCGGUGGUCAGGCUGCACCGUUGCAAUUCGCCUGUGCCGGCUCGGCACUUUUUGCCAAUUACCUGGUGGGACUGCUGACCGACAAGCUGUCGAGCACCUACGAACUGAUGGCUUUGGCCUACGUUGCCGUGAAUGUCGCCAUUAUGCAGCUAAUGUUGAGGGCAGGACCUGGUUCUGGACACAUUUGUCAGUACGUCCUGCUCGAGUCUGUGGUUUUCGUCCAUGCACUGUUUCACCUGACAAGCGCUUAUUAA